AUGCAAGCAUUCACCUUAGUCGAGAAGAUCCUAGUGACUCUUAGUCUUCACAAGUCUGCCAAGAGUUUUCAUCUCUAUGAAGAACCUGGAUCCAGACCCCUUCAUAAACUAGCAUGUUUCCAGUCUGACCCUCAUCCUCAUCUCGAGCCCCAUCUUUUCAGGCUCUUAUUUGGAGUGGAGGCCUCUUUGGUCAAUUCUCCAGUCAUUCUGCGUUGUUUACCUGAUGGAUGUCUUUGCUGCUUUCCUUUGCUCGAUCCCACCCUGGCUGGCCCUAGAGGGGAACAGAGAUCUCCAACAGGCUUCAAUGAACAUAGUGUACAAGGACCAGUGCUGUGUGUUUGUGUUGAUGAUAACUGGCUGUACUACAGCUCUCUCAAUGAUCUGCAUGCUCUUCAGCUCAGCACAGCAUCAUCUUCAUCAGAAGCAACAGGAACUGAGACCCCACUGCAAGCUCUGACCUCAGACAGUCUUGGUGUCUGCAGGGUUAUAGUACUUGCUGGGUCAUAUACUAACUCCACAGAUACAGUACAUGAAUUUGUUUUAAGAUCUGUGCAGCUUUUGGCAGUAUCUUUGAGUGGAAGACUGCUUUGUGUGAACCUUCCUCGGGGAUCUGGAAAUGUUCCCAGGUUGCCCUCAUCUCUGGCAGGCCAGAGAGUGAAAGACCUCCUGGCUUCCAUCGCAAACAUCUGGGAGAGAUCUUCUGCAGGGCAGAAUCCUUGGAAAAAUGGGUCUCUCAAAUGUCUUAAUCAAGUCAUAAAUGUUUGCAGCCUACUAUUUGACAACCACAGGAAUGAAAACGCAUGUGAUGUGGGCACCAGGCUUCCAAUCAGCUGUCAUGGUGUAGCUAGAUGGAGCUCAUUGCUCCAAAGAGACUUGUUACUAACAUGUGUGCUUGAAAAUCUAAAUGGGUGUAAAUUGGAACAUGGCUGGACUUUGUGCAUUCAGGUCCACCCAUUAUUCAAGGGUCCAAAUAUGGAGGGAUCAUCUAGGACCUACUCAUUCCCAUUCAAGAAACUGGAUUCUGGUCAGAAACUGGAUGUAACCAUUUCUCUUGAAAGCACUGGCGGGCUGUCUCUGCCAGUGAAAGUCUACUGUUCUCUCGCCUUCUCCCCAUCUGCUCUGUUUUGUCCUGAAGCAUCUUCUCCUGUUGUUUCUCAGCUCCUGACAGAGAGUGAUUAUCAUGACGUUGUUCGCUACGUCGGUUGUCGUCUCACCAGCAGUGGACGCUGUUUGUUCUCCGAGUGUCCAGCAGAUAGCGCUGUAUAG